CCUGCCUCUAUCCUCCUAAGAUCAGUCUACAUUAUUGUGUCUUUUCGGUUCUCCUAUCAAAUAAAGGGAAAGGAAGCCUAUGGAGCCGAUUGAUAUGGAAAUUGAUGGAAGAAAUCAACAUUGUGGUGCUGAUCCUCUCCCUUUUGCUAGAAGCUAUCAACUGGAAGCAUUGGAGAAAGCAAUCAAGCAGAAUACCAUUGUGUUUUUAGAGACUGGCUCUGGAAAGACGCUUAUUGCAAUCAUGCUUCUGCGUAGCUAUGCCUACCUUAUACGAAAGCCUAAACCUUUCUUUGCUGUUUUCUUGGUCCCAACUGUUGUAUUGGUGGAGCAGCAAAGUAAAGCUGUCAUGAUGCACACUGACUUGAAAGUUGGCAAGUACUGGGGAGAUAUGGGCGUUGAUUACUGGGAUGCUGCUACAUGGAAGCAGCAGGUUGACGAGUUUGAGGUGCUUGUGAUGACUCCAGCAAUUUUACUUUCUGCUUUGAGGCAUGGUUUUCUGAAACUCGACUUGAUUAAGGUUCUCAUUUUUGAUGAAUGCCACAAUGCAAGGGGCAAACACCCAUAUGCUUGCAUUAUGACGGAAUUCUACCAUCUUUACAUGAACUCAAACUUUUCAGACCUUCCUAGAAUAUUUGGGAUGACUGCAUCUCCUAUCAAAGCGAAAGGUUCUAGCUCAUCUUCACUAUGCUGGCAACAUAUUCAUGAACUUGAGAACCUUAUGAAUUCAAAGGUCUAUACAUGCAUCAGCGAAUCUGUUUUGGCGGAGUAUAUCCCUUUCUCAACUCCAAAACUAAAGUUUUACAAACACAUGGAUAUUCCCUAUAUUGUCUUUGAACGUGUGGCCAAUGGACUGAAGAUUUUGAGAGAGAAGUAUGAGCACUCUAUUGACGCAUCAAGUCUCCCAGAAUCCAUUGCUGAAUCUACGAGAAAAAAAUUAGACAAGUUGUUCUCAACUUUGUUGUUUUGUUUGAGUGAACUAGGUGUUUGGUUGGCUCUGAAGGCUGCAGAGUCCUUUGCUUGUGUUAAAACUGAGGUCUGUCUAUGGGGGAGAUUGGAUGAUCGCGGUGAAACAAUUAUCAAUAAUUUCUGUUCGGAUGCUGUUACAAUAUUCUCUGAGUGGAUACCAUCUGGUCCAGAGUGGUGCAUUAGUUCUGAUACCAAAGCUGCCAUCAGUGCUGGGUAUCUAACUUCAAAGGUUAAAUGUCUCGUUGACUCCCUUCUUGAGUACAGGGACCAGAAGGAUUUGAGAUGUAUAAUUUUUGCUGAAAGGAUUAUCACUGCCAUCGUUCUUCAAGCUCUUCUUAAUGAGUUACUCCCAAGCAAAAGUGGAUGGAGGACAGCGUAUAUGGUGGGGCUUAGUUCCAAUCUGCAGUCGCAGAGUAGGAAUAAACAACAUCGAAUUGUUGAAGAAUUUCGGAAGGGCUUGUUAAACAUCAUUGUUGCAACCUCAAUUUUAGAAGAAGGCUUGGAUGUUCAAAGUUGCAACCUUGUAAUUAGAUUUGAUCCGUCAGCAACUGUGUGUAGCUUUAUUCAGUCCCGUGGCCGUGCUCGCAUGCAAAAUUCAGACUUCUUAAUAAUGGUUAAAAGUGGGGAUAAAUCUACUCUUUCUCGAGUACAAAACUAUCUGGCUAGUGGGGACACAAUGAGGCAGGAGUCACUGCGCCAUGCCUUUGUUCCCUGUGCACCGCUUAAUGGAGAAGUGCAUAAGGAGGCUUGUUAUAAAGUUCAAACAACAGGAGCGUUUGUAAACCUUAGUUCCAGUGUGCAAGUGCUUUACUUCUACUGCUCAAGGCUUCCCUGUGAUGGGUACUUUAAAUCCUAUCCAAGGGUUGUUGUAGACAAGCAGUCAGGAACUUGCACUCUUCAUCUUCCUAGGAGCAGUCCAAUACAAACUAUCAGUGUUCAGGGCAACACCCAAACAUUGAAACAAUUGGCAUGCCUAGAAGCAUGCAAGCAGCUUCACAAGAUUGGAGCCUUGACAGAUUAUCUUGUGCCAGAUAUUGUUGAGGAAGAAGCACAGGCUCAAGAAUUGUGUCGUCAGCCAUAUGUUGAAGAGCAAGUACAGUAUGUCCCACCAGAAUUGGUUGAUUGCCCGGGGAAUGACUCUGAAACGUCAUAUUAUUGCUAUUUAAUUAAGCUACAGCCAGAGUUUAAUUAUGACGUCCUGCCUCAUGAUAUUGUACUUGCUGUGAGGAAAACCCUUGAAUGUCAUGGGGAGACUUUAAAUUUUGAUUUAGAUGCUGACAGGGGCAGCUUAAAAAUAGAAAUCAGUUAUGCUGGAUCUAUAACUCUUGCUUCUGAAGAGGUUCUUCUUUGUCGGAAAUUUCAAGUUACAAUUUUUAGGGCUCUUCUUGAUCACAACCUGAAUAAGCUACAUGAAGCAUUGGGUGGAUUACAUCUGAACAGUGAAUGCCCUCUCUUUGAUUAUCUUCUGCUUCCAUCUACAGGCUCACGUGGAAAUGCAUUAAUUGAUUGGAAGUAUGUUAGUUCGGUGCUAUUUCCACAAGAAGAUAUUCCAAAUAAGCAUAUGGCUUCUUGUUGUACCAGAAGUCACCGUCAAUAUUUCUGGACGAAGGAUGCUUUGGUUUGCUGCUGUAUGUUGGGGAAUUCUUUAGUUCUCACUCCUCACAAUGGUCACUUGUAUUGCAUUACUGGCAUUUUGCAUGAUUUGGACAGUAACUCCCUGCUAGAGCUGACAAAUGGAGAAUCUAUUACUUACAAAGCUUAUUAUCGAAAUCGGUAUGGCAUCAAAUUGCAGUUUGAGAGAGAAUCAUUACUCAGAGGAAAUCCUUUAUUUACAGUGCGAAAUUACCUUCAUAGAUGUAGAAAUCAGAAAGCUAAAGAACCCAGUAAAGCAUCUGUUGAGUUACCUCCAGAACUCUGUUCAGUUAUUAUGUCUCCCAUCUCGAUAGCUUCGUUUUAUUCCUUCUCAUUUGCUCCAUCCAUCAUGCAUCGGAUAGAGUCUUUCUUAAUAGCUGGCAAUUUGAAAAGAAUGCACGUGGACCACUGCAUGCAAAAUGAUGCAAUUCCAACCAUGAAGGUGUUGGAGGCAAUUACAACUAAAAAAUGUCAAGAAAAAUUUCAUUUGGAGUCAUUGGAGACACUUGGCGACUCUUUUUUGAAGUACGCUGCAAGUCAACAACUGUUCAAAACGUUUCAAAAUCACCACGAGGGUAUUCUUAGUGUCAAGAAAGAUAAAAUUAUCUCCAAUGCUUCAUUAUGCAAGCUAGGAUGUGAUCAUAAUAUCCCGGGCUUUGUACGCAAUGAACCGUUUGAUCCUAAAACAUGGAUCAUACCUGGUGAUAAGUCUGGAGUGUACAGGCUGGAGAAAAAGCUGCUUCCACCCAAAAGAGUUGUUUAUGCAAGGGAGAAAAGAAAGAUUAAAAGUAAGAGGGUGGCUGAUGUUGUUGAGGCCCUCAUUGGUGCAUUUCUUAGCACAGUAGGUGAGAUAGCAGCCUUGUUAUUUUUGGAAUGGCUUGGUAUUAAGGUUGAUUUUGUCGAUGUUCCAUAUACGAUGCCCCUGCAAGUGAAUCCAGAGCAGCUAGUUAAUGUCAAAUUCUUGGAGUCUCUAUUGAACUACUCAUUCCGUGAUGCUUCUCUCCUUGUUGAAGCACUUACUCAUGGUUCUUACAUGCUACCUGAGAUUCCAAGAUGUUAUCAGCGUCUAGAAUUUCUUGGGGAUGCUGUGUUGGAUUAUCUCAUCACCAUGCAUCUGUACGCUAAAUAUCCAGAGCUGUCUCCUGGACUAUUAACUGAUUUAAGGUCAGCAUCAGUGAGCAACGACUGCUAUGCACAAUCUGCAGUCAAGGCUGGACUGUAUAAGCACAUUCUAUAUGCUUCACAAGAGCUUCAAAGGCACAUCGUGAGUGCUGUUCAAAACUUUGAACAAUUAUCAAUGGACUCAACUUUUGGAUGGGAAUCGGAGACAAAAAUCCCUAAGGUGCUAGGCGAUAUUAUUGAAUCUCUUGCUGGGGCGAUACUGAUCGAUUCAGGAUACAACAAGGACGUUGUGUUCCAAAGCAUAAGGCCGCUUCUUGAGCCUAUGAUUACACCUGACAAGUUAAAGCUCCAUCCGGUUAGGGAGUUCCAUGAAUUAUGCCAGAAGGAAGGUUACAUCAGGAACAAGCCAGAUUGGAAUUACGAGAAUGGGAAGGCAACGAUCACGUUAGAGGUUGAAGCAAAUGGUAUCACUCACAACUACUCAUACUCUGCGGCAGACAAGAAUACAGCAAAAAAAUUAGCCUGCAAAGCUCUGUUGAAAGUACUGAAGGAGCGCUCGUCUAAUAUUCAGGGGAGGAGCUCGAGGUUGAUGUAGUUGCAUAUAGUCUUAGUAAACAUUCUAGUAAUCAAUGAUGGAAAAGUACCAUUCUAAAGGAAGAGGAGCAGAGCACUGAUCAAACAAGUCAAACAUCAAAAACAGCAGAAGUGCAAAACCCGUCCCAGAGGCCGAGCUCAGCUCAGCUAGCAGGGACAUUAGCCUGCUGAUUCGACUUUCAAAACCUUCCCCGUUCCCCUUCCCCCUUGUAUGGGUUCCCCAAAAAAAAAAACAAUAAAAUAAAGGCGUAGAAUCCCAAGAUUCGGUGUUUAUUAAAACAGAUAUUGAUACAGCACUGAAAGAAAGGGAAGAGCAGUACAGGAAUUGGCAUUGUUGCAAGGAUUGGCAGGGACAGAUUUUACAACGUAGGCAGUUCGUGAUUCAAAGAUCGAGAAAGCAGCUUUUGGAUAGACUUUGAUGUUAUCCAGCAACAGUACUGGAGGAUAUCAGUGUAAAGAGUUCCAUGUUUUGUAAGUGCUCUCUCCUUUAUGAGAAAGGAAGGGUGAUAAAGUUGGUCAUUGUUUGGAAAAAUUUGCGUUGCAACUUUUGUCAUGAAUUCGGUGGAAGAACCUCUUCCCCGUGAUGCUACAAAAGCAAAUUAGACUCUGAUAUUGGGCGGGCAGGUUCCUCAUCCAAGCCAGCAACUCAGAAAAAUUUCCUCAGGUGUUAACUUGGUUAUAGGUUAUUAUGUUGUUUAUCAUGAUAUUGCUCCAUGGAUUAUCAAAGUUCUAUUUCUUGAAUCAAAAUCAAAUCCCAGUUUUUAAUCUUUACAGAUUAUUGAAAUGCAUUGUACAGCGGUUUUAGAAAAAAAAAAGUUUACAUUAA